GUUAAUAAUCAUGUCAUCAAACGCUAGUAGUGAAAAAAUGCUGUAUUUCUUCAUGAAUUUUUGUCUGCUCAUCAGCAUCGAAAUGCACCAAUGAGGCGUUAGCAUAUUAUUCUCUUCAUUUAUGUUGCGUUCGUCGAACGCGGCUAAUCUAACAAAAGACAACCGUCGACAUAACCUAACUUAUUGCGUGUUAUUUUUUAAUUCUCUAUAAACACUCGAAAACCGAAGUGUAAAGGAAUGUUUCAUGGAAUUCAAUAGAAAAUCUACUAUCACCAAGGAUGAUGUUCGAGUAAGUAAACGCCUAUCUUGGCUGUUAAGACACGGUGCAUUGAACGAGGGUCUACAUUUAUCUACCGAAGGGUUUAUACCGCUACAACAGAUUUUGGAAAGUAAAGGUUUUGAAUCUGUUUCUAUCAGUGACAUUGAACGCAUCGUGUUGAACAACGAUAAGCAGAGAUUUACAUUAAGAACAUCAGAAACAGGAAUAUUGGAAAUAAAAGCAAAUCAGGGUCACUCAAUUGACGUACGAAGGUUGGAACUGACGCCUUUAACAGAUCCUAAAAAAGUUCAAAAUGUGAUUCACGGUACCUACUUUCAAUUUUGGAAGUGCAUUAAGAAGGAGGGGUUGUUUCGUGGAAAACGUAUGCAUAUUCAUUUCUCCGAGCAUCUGCCUGGUGCUAAAAAUAUUAGUGGAAUUCGUGCCUCAGCGGAAAUUUUUAUAUAUGUUGAUCUAGCAAAAGCACUGUCUCAGGGGUUGAAGUUUUAUAUAUCACCAAAUAAUGUAAUUUUGAGUCCUGGUAAUGAGCAGGGUUACGUAAAACCAGACUAUUUUAUGAAAGUGUGUCGAGCCAGCGAUGGUCAUUUAGUAGAUGUGUAAUCACUUUGUGUGUAGAUAAAUUAAUUAAUUUAGUAA